AGUGUCGAAACUUCAGUAUCGAGCGGACCAACUACGAGCAACCCAUCAGUGGUUAUGAAACCCUCGCGGUCCGACGUCUUCACGGCCACAAGAUCAAGCAAAGGUGCGGAAGGGCUUUCCCAUUUCACACUUCCAUACAUUGAGGUGUCGGCCUCCAGCUCAGGGCUGUCCAUGUGAGAAGGGAAUCUGAGAAGAGAACGGCAGACACUUAGAGAGAAGAGUUUCCUACAGAGCAUGGCCUCUGCCAACGAAGAUGGUGUGGAUGAAAGAACGGUGGACAUUAAAGAAGAGGACUGUGAGCGGCUCACACCAGAGGAUGUGUGUGUGAAGCUGGAGGAUCAUGAAGAAAGAAUUUCAGUUUUUAAAGAGGAGGAGGAGUGCAAGGGGGUGACUGUUGCCAUUAAAGUUGAGGAUCUGAAUGGUUUCUCAAUUGGUCUUGAACUUCAAAAGCAUGAAACUGAGGAUAUUUUCAAGCAAGAUGCCUGUGAAGAAUCUCCAUCCAGUUUACAGCCCUGGUCCACUAAUACGGGACGACUGACUGCACAGGAGAAUUCUGAAGAGCUGAAGUCAGAGUUAUCAGAGUAUGAAGAGAAAGUGACCGAAGGAAAUGGGAGAAAAGGAGAAGAGUCACUUGGGAGUGUUGGAAUAAAUUUACUGAAGAAUAGCAGCUUCUCUCCACCUUCAUUUGGUCAGCCCUCUCCUCAAUACAAAGAGAAAGGUACGAAGAAAUCAGCAAGAGGAUGCGAGAACUUGAAGGCACCUUUUUUGCAAUGCAGUCCUCUCACUGCCUCUGGAGUAACACCGACAGAAGCCAUCAAAACUGAUCAAGAGCAAGUGGAGAAAGAAAUCCAAAUUCAUACUGGAAAAAAAUGUUUGGAAUGUGGAAAACAAUUCACACAGAAAAGUAGUCUUAAUGAGCAUAUGAAGAUUCACACAGGAAAAAAAGCAUAUUGUUGUCAUGAAUGUGGUAAGCUGUUCACUAGGAGAAGCCAUCUUCAGAGUCAUAGAAGAAUCCACACAGGAGAAAAAACUCAUAUCUGUCCAGAAUGUGGUAAGUCAUUCUUACGUAUAAGCAAUCUUCAGACACACAGAAGAAUCCACACAGGAGAAAAAACUCAUUGCUGUCCAGAAUGUGGUAAGUCGUUCUCAAGGAGAGGCCAUCUUCACACGCACAGAAGAAUCCACACAAGAGAAAAUCCUCAUUGCUGUUCAGAUUGUGGUAUGUCGUUCUCCCGUAGAAGCCAUCUUCAGAGGCACAGAAAAAGCCACACAGGAGAUAAACCUUAUUGUUGUCCAGAAUGCGGCAAACAAUAUUCUGACAAACUCAGUUUUCAAAGGCACACAAAAGUUGAUACUGGAGAGAAGACAUAUUGCUGUUCUCAAUGUGGAAAAAGGUUUUUCAACAGUAGGUGUUUUCGAGUACACACACAAACUCACACUGAAGAGAAAAUGCAAUAGACCUGUUCUGAAUGUGGUAAAUGUUAGGAAAACGAGAAAAGUUUUCAUAUAAACACCAAAAUCCAUACUGGAGAAAAAUAUUUUUGCUGUUCUGAAUGGGAGAAAACGAUUCUUAGACUUAAGCAUACUUCAGUCCCACAUCUGAACUCACACUUGCGAGAAUCCUUAUUGUUGUCCUGAAUGUGAUAAGCAGUUCUCACAACAAAGCACACUACAGAGUGACAUCAGACUUCACACCGAGAGAAACCUCACCAUUGCUUGGCAAACAAUUCCAAGUGUCUAUCGUUCUUUGGGUAAAGAAAAACUUCCUAAUGUUUGUGCGAAAUUUACCCUUAACAAGU